AUGACAAGCAAAGUGAGUUCUGAAAGUGUUGAAAUGGAAUUGAUAAAAAACGAAAAUAGUUCUUUGAAACCAUUGUCAGCACCACCAUUGAAGCUUACAAAGAACGAUGAAAAUGUGGAAAAUAAAAACGUACUUUUUAGACGUUCAACUGGGAGUAAAAAGCAGCGAAGAAAAGCUCAAAUUCCGUCGAGUUCAAGUCUCCAUAGUUUAGUUCCAAUUUUAAAGGCAUCAAAUUCUGAUCAAAGAUCGGUUCCAAAUGUGUCAUUCGAUGACGAAUCGAAAGGUCUUGGAGUGUCUAAAAAUUCUUUAUUUGUCACAAUAGAUCGUUCAAUUGGAGAAACAUCUUCACAGUUUAACGACACAACAGAAGGUGGCGAAAGCUCUCAAAACCGAGAAGAAAGCUUUAGCACUCAAACAUCAUCGAUUGGUUUCCGUGCUUCAUUCUUCUCCGUACUUGAGAAACUUGGUGUUUUACGUAGUCAAGAUUUGUAUAAACCUUCGCUAAAUUCUAACGAUACGAAAUUACCACCCGAGAGAAAAACUGCCCGAAGUUCAAUAACAAGUCUUUAUAUGAGAACCUUUUAUGGCGAAAACGAUCGAAGAAUUCGGGCAAACGACAGAGAUUACAACUCACAAUUUCGUUAUGCAAAUAAUUUCAUAAAAACUUCAAAAUAUUCGCUGCUCACAUUUCUGCCACUAAAUCUUUUGGAACAAUUUCAACGCUUAGCGAAUUUCUACUUUUUCUGUCUACUCAUUCUUCAACUCAUACCAGCGAUAUCAUCUUUAACGCCUGUGACAACGGCAAUACCUUUAAUUGGAGUUCUUAGUUUAACAGCAAUAAAAGACGCUUACGACGACUUUCAACGUCACUUAUCCGAUUCUCAAGUUAAUAACAGGAUCUCAAAAUGUCUACGAAAUGGAAAGUUGGUGAAUGAAAAGUGGGCGGGUGUUCAGGUCGGUGACAUUAUUAGGAUGGAAAACGACCAAUUCGUAGCUGCAGAUAUUUUGCUGUUAACAUCAAGCGAGCCAAACGGACUUUGCUUUAUUGAAACUGCGGAACUUGAUGGCGAGACAAAUCUUAAGAUUAAGCAAUGUCUUGUUGAGACAGCUGCCAUGAGUCAACGCGAAGAUUUAUUAUGGCAGUUUAACGGGGAAAUAAUUUGUGAACCACCAAACAAUCAUUUGAAUAAAUUUGAGGGAACUCUAAUGUGGAGAAAUCAACGUUAUCCUCUUGACAAUGAGAAAGUUUUGUUACGUGGUUGCGUGCUAAGAAACACGCAAUGGUGCUAUGGAAUGGUCAUCUUUGCUGGCAAGGACACAAAGCUAAUGCAGAAUUCAGGAAAAACUAAAUUUAAACGAACAAAUAUUGAUAAGCUUUUAAACUUUAUAAUCAUUGGGAUUGUGUUUUUCCUUCUAUCAAUUUGUGGCUUUUGUACGGUUGCGGCAGCACUUUGGGAGGGUUUAAUUGGAUAUUAUUUUCAAUCUUAUCUGCCAUGGGAGAGAAUCGUUGUGCCCAAUCAUAUUCAAGGCGCGACAGUCAUUGGAAUGCUUGUUUUCUUCUCUUAUGCGAUUGUUCUCAAUACUGUGGUUCCCAUAUCACUUUAUGUAUCAGUUGAGGUCAUUCGAUUUGCUCAAUCAUUCCAAAUCAAUUGGGAUGAGAAAAUGUUUCAUAAGAAAAGCAAAACAUUCGCAAAAGCUCGAACGACAACGCUCAAUGAAGAGCUUGGACAAAUACAAUAUAUUUUUUCGGAUAAAACAGGAACAUUAACACAAAACAUAAUGACAUUCAACAAGUGUAGCAUUGCUGGAAGGGCAUAUGGUGAUAUUAUCGAUUUGAAGACUGGCGAUGUUGUUGAAAUAACUGAGGAGACUGAGCGGAUUAACUUUUCGUUUAAUCCUUAUUCUGAACAAGAAUUCAAAUGGUACGACAGAGAACUUCUAAAUGCUGUGCGGUCAGAUGAGGAAAAUGCGCAUUGCUUCUUUCGACUUCUCGCAUUGUGCCACACAGUGAUGCCGGACAUUAAAGAUGGCAAUUUGGAAUAUCAAGCACAAAGUCCUGAUGAAGCUGCGCUUGUGUCGGCAGCAAGAAACUUUGGAUUUGUUUUCAAAUCUCGAACGCCCAGCAGUAUUAGCAUCGAUGUUAAAGGGAAAUUAGAAGAAUAUGAAUUGUUGAAUAUUAUCGAUUUUAAUAAUACACGAAAGCGAAUGUCGGUUAUUCUAAGACGAAACAAUAAAAUAAUCUUAUAUUGUAAGGGUGCAGACAAUGUGAUAUAUGAGAGACUGGGAAGCAACCAAAAUGAUAUCAAAAAUCGAACUCAGGAACAUUUGAAUAAAUUCGCUGGCGAAGGACUUCGGACACUUGUUCUUGCUGAGAGAAUUGUUGAUGAAUCAUUUUAUAAUCGAUGGCGCAGACGGCAACAGGAUGCUGCAAUAGCGCCAAAAGAUCGUGAAGAUAAACUUGAAGCAAUUUAUGAAGAAAUUGAAAGUGAUAUGAGACUGAUUGGAGUCACGGCAAUAGAAGAUAAGCUUCAGGAUGGCGUUGCUGAAACAAUUGCCAACUUACAAACAGCCGGAAUCAAGAUUUGGGUAUUGACAGGUGACAAGCAAGAGACUGCGAUAAAUAUUGGUUACUCUUGUCAAUUGUUGACCGACGAUAUGGUCGAUAUUUUCGUUGUUGACGGUAUAACGAAAGCUGAAGUCGAACAGCAGUUGAGAAUGUUUCGAGAGUCAAUUAAAAUUGUCAACACGUUUCAUCCCCCGGGUGUACAAAACGUCAACUCGAAUGGUUUCUUUCGUCGAGAUCAAACAGUUGAUUAUAAAGUACAAACAGCACCUGCAAUAUCAAUCGUUACAUUCAGUUCUGAAGUUGAGAAAAUAUUUGAAAAUAGCGAAACAGGAAAAAGAGAACAAACAGUUUCGGGUGCAAAUGUAUUGGCAAAGGAACCUCCUGAAAUUGAAGAUGCGUCAGGCUUUGCAAUUGUCAUAAAUGGUCAUUCACUAGUCCAUUGUUUGGCAGUUGAUAUGGAACAAAAGUUCUUAGAAAUCGCAUCACAAUGUCGGGCUGUUAUAUGUUGUCGUGUUACGCCACUUCAAAAAGCUUUAGUCGUUGCACUCAUGAAGAGAAAUAAAAAUGCAGUAACGUUAGCAAUUGGCGACGGUGCAAAUGACGUCAGCAUGAUUAAAGAAGCUCACAUUGGCGUUGGCAUAUCAGGUCAAGAAGGAAUGCAAGCAGUUCUCGCGAGUGAUUAUUCAAUUGCACAAUUCAGAUAUCUCGAGAGACUUUUACUUGUACAUGGUCGUUGGAGUUAUUACCGAAUGUGCAAAUUUCUUCGCUAUUUUUUCUAUAAAAAUUUUGCAUUUACUUUGUGUCACUUCUGGUACGCUUUUUUCUGUGGAUUCAGCGCUCAAACAGUCUUUGAUCCGAUGUUCAUAUCCGUUUACAAUCUUUUUUACACUUCGCUACCAGUUCUCGCACUUGGUGUUUUUGAGCAAGAUGUUUCCGACAAACAUAGCUUGGAAUAUCCAAAACUUUAUACACCUGGAUUAACAGAUGCUUUGUUCAAUACAAAAGAGUUUGUGAAAAGUGUCAUUCAUGGAGUGUUCAGCUCUCUUGUUCUGUUCCUUAUUCCCUAUGGAGCAUAUCGUGAUAUUAUUUCACCCGAAGGCCAUGUGUUGAGUGAUCAUAUGCUACUCGGUGCAGUUGUGGCAAUGAUUUUAGUUCUGGAUAAUACAACACAAAUUGCAUUGGACACAUCAUAUUGGACAAUUUUCAAUCAUAUCACGAUAUGGGGAAGUUUGUUAUGUUAUUUGGUACUUGAUAGUUUCUAUAAUUAUGUUAUCGGUGGCCCAUAUGUUGGUUCACUCACAAAAGCUAUUAUGGGAUCAACAUUUUGGUUCACAACGAUAUUAACUGUUAUAACAUUGAUGGUUCCUGUACUUGCAUGGAGAUUCUAUACGUUUAGAUGUCAUCCUAGCUUAGCUGAUAAGAUUCGAAUGAAACAACGCAAGACUAAAUCGACACGUUCGAAACCAGAAAUGUUGAGAACGCCAUCAGCAAGAAGAUCAAGAAGAUCGUUGCGUUCAUCUUAUGCUUUUGCACAUGAGGAAGGAUUUGGUCGUCUUAUUACAUCUGGAAAACUCAUGAGAAAAUUACCGCAAGAUUUGGCAUUUCCCUUAGGACUUGGCUCAAAGAAACAAUAUUCGGUUGAGAACGAAACUUCUAAUGGAGCUUUAAAGACAAACAAUAAAAUUUUACCGGGUAGUUCAAAUAGUGAUCUCAGUCCACGAGCUCCUUUGUCAGAUUUGGAUACAAUUAAUCUUUGAAAAGUCCGUUAUUUAAGUAUGUCGUCUCUCAACGUUGUGAAUUUAAUGUAUUAAGUAUUUAAAUUAUAAAAUCGUUCGUCCAAGUGACGUUAAAGAAGAGAUAUUUUAUAAAGAAUUUAGGUAUUUAGCGUUGUAUACGUUACCGAUAGACAUGUACUACAGGAUAUCUCACAAACAAAAGCCCAUCGAAAGCCUUCAUCAUUAACCAUCACAAAACCCCAUCAGAGCCUUACAUAAUAAAAAUAUUUACAAAUUUAGCACCAUCAUGAAUUUGCUCAACAAAUCAAAAUAACAUUAAAACGUUUAUGUUUAUGUCAUAAAUUAAAUUGGAAUUAUUUAUUGUGACUUUGCUACAACAUGACCAAUUCAAGCAUAAAAUGAAUUUAUAAAAAGUAAACAUAAAUACUUUUAUAUUCGCAUUUUUUCUGAAAGCUAUUGUUAAAGAUAAUCAAAGAAAUUUAUUGUGUUAUCAAAAUGUUAAAAGGAGG